ACCAAUAGUUUUCGGAGAAAUCGGCUGUCACUCACUGAGUAGCAAGAAGUCAGUUUUGUGUCUGCACUCGGAGCGUCGCAGACGGAGGAGAUACACCAGCUGCCUUCGGACAAGACGACAGCUAAAGACCGGACGAUGAGGACAGGAGUAGGGUUGUGUGUGCUGGGACUUCUGUGUCUCCACAGCCUGGUCCUGGGACAGGACCAGGAGGCGGUGGAGGUCCCACCGGGGGUUCUGGUGUUUUGUGAUGACCCGGCUGUACAGGAGGCCGUCGGCCUCGCUCUGGACAAGCUCAACGAGCAUAUUAUUACUGGAAACAAGAUGGCCCUCUAUCAGAUCCUGACGGCUAGCAAGUCGGAGAAUGGCUCGGGCUCGUUCUACUCAGUUCAGUUCAGCAGCAGGAGGAGUGACUGUCCAGCUGAGAACGGCAACUCUUGGAGAGAAUGUGGCUACCUUCUUGAUGGUGCCAAGAAGGCCACUCUGUGCAACGCCACCAUCUACGUGACGGGGACGGAAACUGUGGUAAAACAGGUGGACUGCCAAAUGGAUGAUCCUGUGGUACCAGAGCGUGCCGCCUGUUUGGGCUGCCCCAAGGAUAUUGAUACAGACUCGGAGGACCUGAAGGUCCCUCUGUCCGUCUCCAUCGCCAAGUUCAACUCCAUCUCCGACUCCACGAACCUGUUCGUCCUCAACCGUGUCGCCUAUGCCACCAGACAGGUGGUGGCAGGUUUCAGGUACAAAGUGGGCUUUGAUAUGAGGAAGAGCACCUGCCCAAAGGCAGAACACAAAGACCUCAGUGACACCUGCGUCCCCCACGCCGAUGACGUGGAGCUGGCCCACUGUAACGCCACUGUGGAUGUUGCUCCCUGGAGACAUGAGGUUCCAGAGGCAAACAUUGGAUGCAGCCCGGGGGCCCAUCCUGUCGUUCAAACUUUCAGGCGACGUCCUCCUGGCUGGUCUCCACUCAGGAACAUCCAGGAAAAGGUCCCACCCCCCACUUUGCUCCCUCUCGUCCUAGUACCCCCGGCACCCAAGGAGGAAUCUUCCGAGGAGGAGGGCGACGCAGCCUCCAAGUCCUCCUCUGCCGACAAGUCUGGAGUCGAUAAGGAGGUCCACCCCUUCAACUGCCCCACCAAACCCUGGAAAAAGUUCAGUCCGGUUCGGCACGUUACGAUCCCGAGCCCCGCUACCACAGACCUACCCGUCGUAGAGGGGGGAUUCCGUGACGCGGACCUCCUGGGAUAGAAACAUGCUCUCCAAACUUUUUCCCACUGGAAUCCAAAAUUAUUUCCAGAAUCUUUUUUUUUUUUUUGCUGAGCUACUUUAGAUGUUCCUGACUAGCAGCAGUGUGAACAGGUCAGUGAGAAGGAUGUAACACUGCAGGUGUGCAAAACUAAACUCAUGCGGCUAGAAACCUUUGGGCUACUGACAUCAUCGAUUAAAAGGUCCCAUGAAAUGAAAAUGUGUUUGCGUUUAAUCUAGAUCUAUUUAACACCAUGUUCAAGAAACAUACAACAACAAAAAACAUGUAGUUUUAACGGGUUUCUUGUCUUCUAGACAGUUUCGUUGAUGUCGUCCUUAACACAGGGCCGGAUCUAGGCAUAGGCAAACCAGGCAGCUGCCUAGGGUCUAACUGCCACAGGGGGGCCCAGACAGAUGGAUAAAAACCUCAACUUUUGGUCUGAAUUAAAAAUAUUUAACAUAAAAUAUUCUAAACUAUAAAUAGAUAAUAAUAAACAAAAACAUAUACCUAACUAAUUAACCAUAAUAACCAUGUGGCAGUUAAAAGUGAUACUGUUUGUUUACAAAGUAUCAAAAUGUGUUUGUUUGGGGGGGGGGGGGCCCAAGAAAAGUGCUCUGCCUAGUGUAAUCUAUCCAUUUAAUCCGGCCCUGCCUUAACACCGACAAAAGCGUCUCAUUGAAUGGGAGCCAGAUGGAGAGAAUACGAGUGAUCUUGCACCACCAAAUUGAAAGUAGCUUAUAGCACAUCGGCGUACACGUUCUUCUAGAAAUGUCUGGCUGUUAUUGGCCGUCAGUCAAGUCAAAGUCCCGCCCCGCCCCUCACAAAAACCCACCUGUCAAAUUGCAAAAGUUUGCAUUGCUCUACAUGCCGUUUCAUGGGACCUUCAAUAAAAAGAGAAACCUGUUUCAGUGUUACAACAACGUUGGAUUCUGACCACACUGUCCAGCUCACUGUCUGUAAAUUAUAGUGUAUAGGGGCUGACAAACUAUGUUGUUUUCCCCCCCCAUGUGACAAGAACCUAGGCAUAAGCAGGGGAACGCCACCUAAUAUAGUUUGCAGAAGGUUCAAAAUCAGGUUGUUUUUUUCCCCCUGUUUGGGGAUAAAUUACAGUUUGAAUUGCAGAGUUACUGUUCCCUGAAACCGCAAAUGCGACCAAAGCAAAGGAAAGAAGGAAAAAAAAAACCAUAUUUGCAAUUGAAAUAUGUCAGUCUGUGUGAGUAUUUUCUUUCCAGAAGUAAGAAUGGAGGAAGAAGAGGAAGGGGCUCAUUCGGGGGGGGGGGGGGGGUGGCGCAACAAAGUGAAAUCCGGUAUACUGGGAAAAAAAAGAAAAGAGAAGUGAUCCGAUCAUUGGGGAAAGCCUUUAGAGCUGCAUGUUAUGGAACAAACAGACAAUGUACACUACUGUCUAUUACACCUUGCAGUAACCCAAUAAAAAAAGAUUUUGUAAAAAGA